CGUCAUCACACACAUCCAGCGGUUGACAGGUUAGGGAGGGAAGACGCUCCGAUCAUGGGCCACGUAUAGCAGCCCUUCCCAUCCGCCGAAUGCUCCGAGGUGAUAUCGACAUCCAUUCGGAUGACGGUGAUCUGUCACUGGCCGGUGACGGCUCGCCGCACGGCCGCUGAUUGAACGCUGUGUCAUGACAUGCGCCCUCUGGGCUGCACAGCUGAGAAAAAAAGGACUCCGAACCGCGUCUGCUGAAUUUAAUAAUCGAGCCCUCACUGAUGAAAGGAUACAUUUUUUGACUGCAUUGAGAAAGCUUGGCUGAGCAAUGGGGGAGAACAUCAUCCAGUCGACGUAAAAGACAAAGCUGUGAAUAGGACCCAUUCAGUGCACAUUUAUUGGGUCAUGGUGAAGACUUAGGAGUGAAACAGAGAAGUUAAUACUAGAAACCAGGAAGUGACACCAUGGUCAUCACUGAUAGGAACACAGGCUCCUCCCUAUCCAAGAAGGAGCCGCAGAAGGACAAAAAGAGGCGAGUGUCUCGCCCUCAUGGCCUGCCCUCUCCGGCGCUGUGCUGCGCCUGCGGUCUGUGCAUCAUGCUGGCCGGACUCAACAUCACCCUGGUGGGAGUGUUUGCCUUCCGCACCCUGGUGCCUUCUGCCAACCCUUCCAUUGUCAUCGGACCCAUCCUGCUCCUUGUGGCCUUUUCCUUUUUCGGGGCCUGUUGCGUGUGCAGUCGCCUCCCUCCUCCUCACACCUCGCGUGGCACCAAAGUGGGCGGGCGGGGCAUGAACCUAAUGGGGAACGGCGGACUGGCCGGAGGGGCGGCGUUCGAAAUAGAGACCAGCGAGCACACGCUGCAGGAUACGACCGCUGUGCAGCUCAGCCCCACAUCGUCCCCUGGGUCGUCUCGGGGGUCGAGCCCUGAAAAAGAGGCUCCUGAUGGGACGUGCAAGCUCUUCACUAUGGAUACCAAUGGUUCAUCUUCUGUUUCCACCAGCGCUGUCUAUUCAGCCUCCACCGCCUCUGGAGGGGAGGUGAGGCUCAACCUGCCACGAGAAGAAGGGGUCAACUAGUCAGAGUUCUAGCAGUGUACAUAACUUUCUGCUUUGAGGGCUUACUGACUCUCGUUUUGUCUUCUUUUCUGCUUAGUAGGGAUGGGCAUAAAAAACAAGUAGUCAUUUACAUGGUCAUUCAUCGUGUGAAGCUGAUUGUUAAUUAAUGGCAUCUUGAAGCAAUUGAGGCAACAUAGAAUUAUUCAGUGUCACCUAAUUUGAACUGCUGAACCUAAUUUGAACCUAAUUUUAAACAAUUAAGUGACAAACAUGACUUCAUUAGCAUUUUCUGCUGAAACUAAUACACAAAUAUUCUUGAAAAAACAAUUAAUUAACUCAAAUGGUAUGCCCAUCCGUAGUAAUUAGUGCCAUAUUCUACUUGUCAGGUGUACUUUGAAUUCUGAAUGAUAUUGUUAAUAGUAAGAAUAAAUAUUAUAAACAUUAUAGAUACAUAACAAUAACCCCAGAAAGACAAAAGCAAACCAGCAGCAAUUAUCAUGAGAUUUGCUAACAGAAAAUUCAAAAACAUUUUAUUGCGACAAGGUAAGAUGCUUAAAGGAGCAAAUGUGUAUCUCAACGAUCACUGAACCAAGGUCAAUGGCGACAUUGCUAAGAGAGCCACAUACCUACGCAAAGAGAGCAAAAUUCAAGCAACGUGGACCUCCAACUGCAAAAUUUAUAUAAAGUUAAAGUUAAAUGGUCAGGGGUUUGAAGGAUUCGGACAAACUUGCAUAAGAAUAUAACUCGGUUUAAUUUACAGUAGUCAACACACAACUCAUCUGAUCCCCAACCGUAAAUAACUAGAACUGGAGGAAGAUAUACUGUACUGUAGAUCCGAACCCAAACUUGUUUUCUCAUAGGAGAAAUGACUGACGUUACCACACAGAGGAACAAUACAAUAACAACCUUCAUAUCGACAAUAAGUUGUCAUUUAUCCACAUUAACAGCAGAAGUAUGUAUGCAAAUGAUAACAACAUCAGACAAUAUUUGAGUCACUUUAAGGAACCCUUCAAAGUAAUGGUUGACAAAAGGAUUGCAAAAUGCCUGCAAGAAAAAAAACACAUUAUAUAGGAGAUUUAUAAUUCAAAACACGAAAGAAGCAGAAAAAAUGGAUAAGAUAUAUAAAAAUAAGCUCAGUAACAUUUUGAGAGUAAGAAAGAAUAUUAUAGUAAAUUAGUAGACAAGAAUAAAAACAACAUUAGAGCAACAUGGGGCAUCCUAAACAUCAGGAAUGGUGCUAGGAAAGCUGAUUACCCCCACUAUUUCACAGAUGGAAAUGGCAAAAAUGAUAAUAUGAACGAGGUAGCUGAAAGUUUCAAUAACUAUGUAAAUAUCGGACCACAACUGGAAGAAAAGAUCCCACAUUUUUUGUCAGUAGAGGAAGGAAAGGAAAUUAUAGACAGGAAUCCCAACUCCAUGUUCCUCACUGAUGUGACAAAAAAGGAAAUCCCUGAUAUUGUCAAUAAAUGUAAAGCAAAAACAUCACCCGACUGUAACGGAAUUGGAAUGGAAACGAUAAAUAAACUUAUUAAUGAGAUCGCAGAGCCACUGACGUCAGCAACUUACUGUAUCAUUCCAGACUAGUACAUUUCCAGACAAAAUGAAAACAGCUGAAGUAGUAUAGUACCAAUUUUCAAAAACGGAGACAAGCCUCAAUUCACAAACUAAUGACCAGUUUCCGUAUUACCACAAUUUUCUAAAAUCAUUGAGAAGCUAUUGAACAACAGGUUGGACAAAUUUAUCAAUAAGAUUAAAUUACCCGCGGACAGCCAAUUAGGAUACAGAGCUAACAUUUCAACUUAGGAAAUUUUCCUAACAUAGGAAAUCACCAACGCUUUAGACCGUAGAAAGUGCGCAGCUGCAAUAUUUUGGGAUUUAACAAAAGCCUUUGACAUAAUUAAUCACAACAUCCUAAUUACAAAACUAUAAAGAUAUGGAGUCCGACAGUUAGUCUUGAAUUGGGUUAAAAGCUACUUAGCAGACAGGAGGGAGUAUGUGAAGCUAGGAGAAUAUACAGUACAUCUGCGUGCUUAAUUAUAUCAUGUGGCGUACCCCAGGGGUCAAUACUGAGACCAAAACUGUUAAAUCUAUAUAUAAAUGACAUCUGUAAAGUCACGAAAGACCUACAGCUAGUAUUAUUUGCAGCAUUCUGUUCUGGAGAUAGCACACAAGAGCUAAUGAUGAAUUAACUAUGCUAAGAAGAUGGUUUGAUAAAAACAGACUAUCCCUGAACCUAAGUAAAACUAAAAUAAUGGUAUUUGGUAACUGCAAAAAGGAUACGCAUGCGCAAAUACAAAUCGACGGCGUGGACAUCGACAGGGUGAACAAAAAUAAAUUUUUCAGGGUCAUAAUAGAUGAUAAUAUGAACUGGAAAUCUCACAUUAAAAAUUUACAACAUAUAGUGGCAAGAAAUACCUGAAUACUUAAUAAAGGAAAAUCGGUUCUGGACCAAAAAUCACUCCAUACACUCUAUUGUUCACUGAUAUUACCAUAUUAACGUACUGUGUGGAGAUAAGGGGUAAUAAUUAUAAAAGCACACUUCACUCCUAACUAUGCUACAGAAAAGGUCAGUUAGGGGGACCCAUAAUGACGCUUAUAGAGAACAUACAAACCUAAAAUCACAAUUAUUAAAAUUUGCUGACUUGGAACCGAAAACGUAACACAAUUCUUCUCAACAAGAGAGGAGAAAUAUGACCUUAAAGAAAAAUUCAACUUAAAACACUUACAUGCACGGACAACGCUAAAAACCUUCAGGAUUUCAGUAUGCGGAAUGAAAUUAUGGCCCGGAUUGAGCAAGGAACUCAAACAAUGCUCUAAAAUGAGUGAUUUUAAGAAACAGCAAAAGCAGUUGAUGUUUAUAAAGUACAAGGAAGAUACAAACAAUACUUAACAUACAACGCUAAGUCUAAUCACUCUUACACUGACCGCUAACUCUUCAUUCUGGUGAGUACAUUUCUGUACUCACUCAUUCUCACUGUUUCUGUUAACUGUUAACCAUUUCAUCAGCGAUUAUUGAUUUGCAGUAAGUAUACACCUUGACUGUCAUUGCACUACAUUGUUAUAUUGGCAAAGACUACAUUUGGAAAACCAGAGGUGAACAAAUGAACUGCAAGUGAUGUGAAACGGAUGACUGUAUUGAUGACUGUGUGAUGUACUCAGGUGUAACUUGUUACAUAUUCAAAACUAAUUAAAUCAUAACCAAAACAAAUAUUAUUGGUAUUUAAAACAUGAAGAACACAGCUUCCUUAGUAUUUUAAGCCAUCUAUAAUUCAUAUAAAAUAAUAUAUUUUUGAAAGCUAUUAAGUUAUGCAAUGUUCUAAUGCUCAUCCCUAUUACUUGGUGUCAUGUUCUGCUUGUCAAGCUGUCUAAAAUAUUUCAUUUUCCAUACUUUGCAACCAGGUCGUCAUCAGCAUGCAAGCCAUUCCUGGUAUUUACGUAUGGUUUUGUAAAUCCUGUCCUGGAGCUUUUUGUUUUGAACGUGCGUCUGAAGAACCGAACUGCUGCUCUGUCUGUCAGUCUAUUUUUGUAGGGUCGAGGUGAUCUGAAUCGCUCAAAGACAAGAGGUCAAAGGUGAGAGGUGAAAAGUUGAGUUGCAUUAGCUGCGACACUUGGCAUUUUCAAUGGUCGUGGAGGAGGGGCAUCAAGGUUACGAAGCAAUAUUCUCUCAUUUGAGAAUAAUCCUUUUGGUAGUCACAGCAGUUGAUUACGUUUAAAGCCACUUAUAGUAAAAAACAGUGUUCAGUCAGUGUUGCCUUAUGGAAGUGUGUUUUGAUAAUGACCGUCACACAAACUGUGUAUAUUUAAACCAGACAAUGCAUUCUGAUUCUAUCAGGAGUGAGGAUUGGCCUUAAUAUGAACUCUAUACACUGUCACUUUUUUUUUUUAAAGAGGUGAGUUGAUGAACUUCACUCUUCUGAGUCUCACCUUUCAGCCUCUUGACAAAAAUAUACACAACACAAAGAAAUAAAGCCAAGAAAUAACAGCGCUUGGAUUGCUUUGACACACGUGGCGUCUUCUCGUCACGCUUGACUGCCCAGAGACUUUUAAAGCUUGAGUUCCUGUGAAAGCAAAGUUGCCUUAGAUUGAGAUAUCAGGAUCAAACUAAAGAGGGCUAUUUUACAGCAAAAGGGCACACUAGUAUUUCUUUAGAAAGCCUUUUCUUGGAUGUUGCGUCUUUGAGAUUUACGUACACUGGCCGCACCAACAGAUAAACCUGCACAUGCUCCUGUAAGAAGACAGCUCCUCACUUGCACACCUGCACACAGCCACAAAAAUAAACAUAUUGUUAAAUUAAUACCUCCGUGAUUAGAUUGUGCAGGUGUACCUAAUGAAGUGUCCAGUGCAGUGGAGCUACAGCAAUGUACAUAAACCAGCAUUGUCAGUAUCCUUUGUGACAAAGAGUUUCUCUUUAAAAGCACCUGCUCAAGUCAGUGUUCUUGCAUGUUCACGUUCCCGUGGAGCACUUCAAAUACAAACCAAUGUAUGUCAAUCAUUUUACAGCAAAUGUGUGUGAGCGUCAUCACUUUUGGCCAAUUUUAUUUGAAAUGAUUCUAAAAAAUGUAAAUAAAAAUGCUCUGGGAGUAAAAAAAAAAGAGGAGGUUGCUCAUUGUUUUUGGUGACGCUAGUUUGUUCCAUCAUGAAAUAAAUGACUGCAUCAGAUUUAUGAUGUCGCCAUUUGGGAAUUUGUGGUGAUUUAUGAUGGUUAACCUGUUCUCAAUGGACAACGUGGGACUACUUCACUAUGUUUGAUGUUUGAAGCAAUCCCAUAAUAAAAAUUGCUCAUGAUUAAUCGCUUAUAUCAUGAAUAGCCAAGUAAUUGUUACACAUCAAAGAAGUAUUUGAAAUUAUUUUAAAUGUCAUUUUAUCAUAUAUAUAUAUUUUGUAAAUAAUAAAUAAAUGAGGGCCGCACGGUGGCCUAGUGGUUAGCAUGUUGGCCACACAGCCAGGAGAUCGGGAAGAUCUGGGUUUGAAUUUCUGUUGGGCAUCUCUGUGUGGAGUUGCAUGUUCCUCGUGCGUGCGUGGGUUUUCUCCGGUUUCCUCCCACAUUCCAAAAACAUGCAUGUUAGGUUAAUUGGCGACUCUAAAUUGUCCAUAGGUAUGAAUGUGAGUGUGAAUGGUUGUUUGUCUAUAUGUGCCCUGCCAUUGGCUGGUGACCAGUCAGCUGGGAUAGGCUCCAGCAUACCCGCGGCCCUAGUGAGGAUAAGCGGCAGAUGGAAUAAUAUAAAAUAAUAUAUAAUAAACGAGACGUCUUCUUCCGUCUAGUUAUAUUGGUUUCUACCACUAGAGGUCGCCGAAGCUGCAUCUGUGACUUGCGGUGACUCUUUAAAUGUAGUUAUUUUAUAUCCAGCCUGUAGAUGUCAACACUGCUCAGCUCUUAAGUAAUGCGAUUGGAGCAGUUAAUAUUCUGUAUUUACUAAUGUGAGUUUGAUGACAUUGUAAACGACAGUUGAUGAAUAUGUGAUUGUAAUAUACUUUAGUUGUGCAAUAGGCACAGAACCGAGCUUUUCUAAGCCAUUUCACCAGCUGUGCUUCAUUUGUUUUGACCAUCUAGGAUGCUUGUGUUAGACUUUAAUAAUAACCAGAAUGCUUGAACCAUCUCUUUCCAUUCCUCCAGUGAAUGUCUGUGGGACAUUAAUAAAAAUAAUAAUAUUAAAUAAAUAUAUAUAUAUAUAUAUUUUUUUUACAAAAACAAAAGAUUAUAAAAACAUCCAAAGAGUUUGAAGCAGCAG